AUGUACUACGGCAAGCUUCUCGUAGAAUUACUGACUGUUGCUCUACUACUAUUACCUACAUCAGUUUAUUCUGAACAGCUCAAGUCGUCUACAAAAUCGACUUCAAAAAAUCGGUCAGAGUUUUCAAGAAAUCUAAAAAUUUUGAAGCAAGUGAGCUUUGUGAAGCUUCCAAAAUCACUCAAUAAAUCUUCAUCUAUCCGGCGAAAGCAUCCGUUAGAAGAAUUUAUUGCCAGUGAUGGUUUGCUGUACGAUUUCACUCGGAAGACUUUGUCAAGACUUCGCCGAUCGAAAAGAGAAUCUGAGUCAAUGAAGAGAAUUGCGCACUUCAACAACGAGUACCACCCAAGGUCUCCUUUUCUCUACAAGUUUCAUGAUAGAUUGCCGAUACAACCGAGCGCUCAUAGGUUACGAAGGCAGCGGCAUAUCAACAAGUUGCUUAGCGACGAACUUCAAGGUUCUCCAGAAGUUAAGAAAAAUAUUGUAGACGAUGUAAGCAGCGAAAAAGUCGUUGAAGAUGAUGACAGUGAGGAGCCACAAGCAGUAGAAUAUGUUAGUGAUGGUUCUCGAGAGGAAACUUCGAACGAUAUUGAAGUUGCCGAACCUGAUCAACGAAAACAACCGAGGAUGUAUUCGUCAGUCGAAGACAUUUUUAAACACAUUCCAGAAAUACCACCUUUAUCCUCUGAAUCAAGUGAUAACGAUAAAAGCGACGAUUACGUUUACGAUAACAAACGAGACCUAAGUGAAGAUGAACUUAAAAAAAGUCGUCUCUCUUCAAGUAUCUCAUCAAAUCAUUUAAAUGGUAAUAAUGCUGAAAAAUCAGAAGAAGGUUCUAAGCCACAAUCUUUGCCGGCAGAAAAAGCAGCGACACAAACAGUUUCCGGUAGUGAAAAAACAUCUAAAAAAGAUUCAAAUACUGAGGCAGCGGCAGGUGACGAUGAAGAUUCAUCUUCAUUGUCAGUGCCAGUUCAAGAAGAUAUUCAAGAACAAGAGAUACCUUCUGGUUAUAUGGGAACUUUGCUAGAACUAAAAAUUUCGGAUGAUCCUAACGAUGCAGCAAAUAUUUGCGACGAUGAAAGCGAAGGAAGCGGUCUUGGAGAUGCAAUUAGUGACAGUGAAGCAGUUCCUGCUCCAUACCGAGGAAAAGAAACAGCAGCUGCUGACGUUACCAGUAAACAUCCAGAUUCCGGAGGUUAA